CCGUAAAUUCCUGAAAGCAUUAUGAUGGCAACUUUAUGAAAAUUAUUUAAACAUUCAUUGAGACUACAAUGCAAUCAUGAGGAGGGGUGGCAGUUUAUUAAAGGUAUGGUCACUUAAGCUAUGUUAUAAUAUAUCAAAUUCUAAUUGAUGUAGGAACCAUCGGCGCCAACAAUAUGCGCUUUUUGUUGGCAUCGACUUGGAGCUAUUGGCCCUCCUUCACUUGUACAGCGUCGAUUUAUACAAUCCUCUGAUUCAAGAUCGAAGCCACCCGCCGAGGGUACAGCAGUACGAGAAUCUGAAGAAUAUGAAUCACCUCCACCGGUCCAACCGCAGACACCUGCUGCACCAUGGCGUUCAGGACCUGGGAUGGGAAUGGGCUUCGGCAAAGCAACCUUUGGAGGCUCUAAAAUUCCAGGAAUAGGUACCUCUGCCACCUUCGGUCGUCCAGCACCAGGAAUUCCUAUGAAGUCAACAAUACCAGAUCCUCCAAAACCUGAGUCACCGAAUAAGUUUUCUCCCGAAGAAGAGCUUCGUAUGAGCCAACAACGAAAAGUUGAAAUACAUUCAGGACCAGGGCCAGAGACGAAUAGGGCUUUUAGGCCAAUACCGCGUUCACAGGAGGAGAGGUUGGAGAUAGCUAGGAUAGCAGCGAAAAGGCAGGAGACUAUGAAUAUACAUGCGAUGAACAAGCAGCACACUCAGCCUGAUGCGCCUUUGCGAUAUUUUGAAAAGGACGAAUCUUCCAUUCGUAGUCAGGUUUCUAGUCAAAUAAUAAAUGACUCUACUGAACCCAUUACUACAUCUGAGAUCACUAGCGAGUCUUCUGAAAACGCAUCAAAUUGGGCGCAAUUGAGGAAGAAGAUAGAAGAGAAGCGCCAUUCGCCGCCACCACAACAGGUCCAAGAUCCUAUUUCUGAAGCUCAAGCCAAAAGGGAACAAGAAGCUAGUUCGGGGACUUACACACCACUGAGAAAUAUAAUUCCUUCAGAAAGAGGUCGUUUUACAGAGGUUCCACGAGCAGACAUGUGGAGUAGGCCUAACAAUUAUGAUAAAAGCAAAUCCAUGACUCCAAUCUCACAAACUACCCCGACGAAUAAUUACCAACGGCCUCAAAACAGUCCCCAAAGUACAUUUAUAUCAAAUUCAUAUCCAACAACAAAUCCAGGAUCGACACGUCCACCUCAACCAGCCCCAUCUGCCCGUGCUAUGUUGAAACCUCUUGGAUCUUUUGGCACUUUCGGGUCCCCUUCGUUUGGCGCAGGCUUUGGUAAGAUUGGUGGAAGCGGUUUCAAAAUUCCGGGCUUAACGACCCCAAGCCCCUUGGUCGAGCCAGAAAAAAGCCAUGAGGUUCAAAAUGUCGUUGAAGAACCAGAAAAAGGCCAUGAGGUUGAAAACUCCGUCGAAGAACCUGCCCAAGAGCACGUAGCAUUUAGUCCACUAGCUACUGAGCCAGAAGAGUCAGACGUUCGCGAACAAGUUAUUAAUCAAUUCUCAUCCCCAGAUGAACUAGCAGUACGACAUCGAAAAUUGUCAGAACGUUGGGGAGCAGUGGACGACACGGCUUUGAAGGAAAAGGAUCCAAACUACAGAGAUCAUGCAUUGCCGAAGAAAGCACACAGUAAAGUGGCCAAAAAGGCCGCGAGGAGACAACGUGAAAUGUCAAUGGAUCGAGAUGAUGAAGUGAGAGACUUGACUGCUGAGCGAGCAGAACUUAAAAGGCAAAGAAAACGUGAAAAAGCAGCAAAAAAGGCAGCUGCGCCGACUCCCAUCAUUUUACCCGAAUUUAUUAGUGUCUCUAAUUUGGCCGUCGCUCUCAAGGUUAAACUCGAGAAUUUCCUAGAAAAGAUGGAGGAAUUAGGUUUCGAAGGUGUAAACCAUGAUCAUAUUUUGAACGCUGAAAAUGCGGGACUUAUUGCUAUGGAAUACAAUUUCGAAGCUAUCAUAGAACGAGGCGAAUCUGAAGACUUGAAAGCUAGACCACCAGCGGAAGAUCCAUCAAUAUUACCACAAAGAGCUCCGGUUGUCACUAUCAUGGGACAUGUUGAUCAUGGUAAAACUACAAUUCUUGAUUAUCUUCGAAAGUCUUCUGUCGCGGCAUCAGAACAUGGUGGCAUCACUCAACACAUCGGAGCAUUUUCGGUAGCUAUGUCUUCUGGAAAGACUAUUACUUUCCUUGACACUCCUGGUCAUGAAGCUUUCUUGAGUAUGCGUCAAAGAGGUGCAAAUGUUACGGAUAUUGUAAUUUUGGUUGUUGCUGCAGAUGAUAGUGUUAAACCACAAACUAUUGAAGCUAUUAAUCAUGCCAAAGCAGCAAAGGUGCCAAUUAUCGUUGCUAUCAACAAAAUUGAUAGGCCCGAGAUUGAUAUCGAACGUGUUAAACAAGAUCUUGCUCGGCAUGGUGUUGAAAUUGAAGAUUUUGGUGGUGACACUCAAGUUGUUUGUGUUAGUGGCAAGACUGGUCAAGGAAUGGAUGAUUUAGAAGAAGCCGCCGUUACAUUAAGCGAAAUCAUUGAUAUGCGAGCUGAAACAGACGGACCAGCAGAAGGUUAUGUCAUUGAAGCAAGUAUUAAACCUAUGGGUAAAGUUGCUACAGUCUUGGUUAGACGAGGUACCAUGCGACCGGGAGAUUUCAUCGUCGCUGGUAAGACUUGGGCAAGAAUUAGAUGUUUACGUAACGAAGCAGGAGUUGAAAUUGAAGAAGCUGGUCCUGGUAUUCCAGUAGAAAUUGAUGGAUGGAGAGAACAACCAAUUGCUGGAGAUGAAGUUCUUCAAGCUCCUGAUGAAGCAAAAGCUAAAAGUGUUAUUGAAUUUCGACUAGAGAAGGAGGAACGAGAUAAAAUGGCCGAGGAUAUGGAAGCAAUAAAUGAGAAUCGCAAGAUCGAACACGAUAAACGUGAACGUGAAAAGGCAGAGAAAGAAGCUGCUCUUGGUGGUGAGGAAAAUCAAGUACAAGAUACUGCUGCUCCUAGCAAAGAUCCCGCUGGUCCUAAACCAGUCUACUUUGUCGUCAAGGGUGAUGUGAGCGGAUCCGUUGAAGCAGUCAUCGAUCAACUUAACUCUACUAGUACCAAAGAAGUCGAAGCCAUCGUCCUACGAUCUGGAGUAGGUAAACUCAGCGAAUCAGAUAUCGAACAUGCCGCUACGGCAAAGGGAUAUGUUAUCAAUUUCAACACUGAAGUGGAACCCAGUAUUGCUCAAUUUGCUGCGAAAAACAAGGUCACAAUCUUGGAUAAUAAUAUUAUCUAUAGGUUGAUGGAUGAUGUGAGAGCUGAAAUGUCCAAAUCCUUACCACCAUUGGUGACACAAAGAGUGUUGGGUGAAGCUGUUGUGGCGCAGAUUUUCGAUAUUAAUAUCAAGGGGAGGAAGUUUAGGAGUAUAGCGGGUUGUAAGGUUCGUAAUGGAACAGUGGCCAGGGAUGCUAGGUAUAGGGUAUUGAGAGAUGGGGAGAAGGUCUUUGAUGGUAUGUUUUCUUGUCUUUCAUUUCUUCACCCCUGUCUUGGCAUUAUGAAUUUGAAGCACAAAUACUAAUUUCAUGAUUAGGUAAACUUGAUUCCCUUAAAAAUGUAAAGAAAGAUGUUCCGGAAAUGAGAAAGAGUGGAGAGUGCGGUAUGGGAUUUAUUGGCUGGUCGGAUUUCCAGGUUGGUGAUCAAAUUCAAGCGUAUGAGGUGACUGAGGAGAAGAGGUAUUUGUGAGGGAGGGUUUGAGAAGAGUUAAGAGGUGUGCAUAUUAGAUUUGCGUGAGAGGAAUGUAAGUGGAUGAGUGGGAUGAUAGAAUAGAUGAGGAUUAAAUGGUAUGAAUAUAAAUGAAUGAUUGGGGCAAAUUUAUUU